AUGCAACUUUAUGCUUUUCUUUUUAGCAAAAUAUGUUAGUCCAAAAGAAGUUAAAAAUGUCUUUCACUGAGAUAGACGAUUAUGAGAAACAACAGAGAGAGGUAGGGUGGUACUUUGUGUAAAAUGGAUGUCUGAAGUUCAGUAAGGUUUGCUUUAGUAUAUAUUGCUGUAUAAAUAUGGCGUCAAUUUUACAGCAUCGAUGAUAAUUGUAUUUGCAUUGACAAUAUUUAACUAUUAUUUUGUGUUUCUCAACCGCCAGAUACAUUUAAAAAGGUUUCCAACUGUGUAAACUACAUAAUAAAGCUAAAACAAAAUAAUUUUGAGAGGAACGCCGAAAUGAUUUUAGGUUUCGAAUACUUCAAAUACGCGAACAUUAAAAAAAAUUGCUUCUUAAACAUUUACUCAUCAACUGUUUAUCUAGCAAAAAUAUCGCGACAGAGCGAGAGAGAGGAGGGAGUUAUUUGGUCAACCAGAUUCAGCACAGCCUGGCAAGAAAAAGAAAAAAGGCAAAGUGUGAGUGAAUCUCGUGGCAAAUCUUUCCACAUGACUGUUAGAAAUUUAAAAGUCUCAUUUUAUAAAAACGGUUGUUUCUUAUUUUAAUCUUUUUUCUACUUAGAACAUACGAACAACCGACAAAAGAUGGAAUCCAAUCAGACAAUAUUGGCAACAAAAUGCUUCAGGCUAUGGGUUGGACGGCUGGUACAGGGCUAGGGAAAGCUAGACAGGGCAUUGUUAACCCAAUCUCGGUAAGUUGAACGGAAAAUUCAAAAUUUAGCGUUUCAUUAUCUCUCUGUAUAUUAAAAAUGCACGGAGAACAAUGGGAUUUUCAAAACAGUGAACAGACAAUAGACAAUUCCGAUCACUGGAUCAUGACUGUAUGGCUUUUGAAAACAAUGAAAAGACAAUGAAACACUUCGAUCAUUGGAUCAUGACUGGGUGGCAUGGAGAACAGUGGGAUUUUCAAAACAAUGAAAAGACAAUGAAACAUUCUGAUCACUGGAUCAUGACUGGAUGGCAUGGAGAACAGUGGGAUUUUCAAAACAAUGAAAAGACAAUGGAACAUUCUGAUCACUGGAUCAUGACUGGAUGGCAUGGAGAACAGUGGGAUUUUCAAAACAAUGAAAAGACAAUGGAACAUUAUGAUCAUUGGGUCGGGACUGGGUAGUACAAUUGCCAUGCUAUGGAUUAACAUAACUUCCAGACAAGCUUAAGUGAAAUGUCUGUAUUUCUGCAGGCCAAAAUGCGAAAUCGUACGGCAGGCCUUGGGUUGAAAGGCAGCGACUUUGGAGCAACGGCUGGUGACUCUGAACGAGACAUACUGAAGAAAAUGGUACGUAUGCGAUGCAACUCUCAUGCAAACUCUCGCUUCUCAAUUCUCGUCAACUUUCAUGCAACUCUUGUUCUCGUUUGACCGGGCCAUGUGAGUUGAGAAAACUCUCAUGCAAACUCUCGCUUCUCAACUCUCAUCAACUCUCAUGCAACUCUUGUUCUCGUUUGACCGGGGCAUGAGAGUUGAGAAAACUCUCAUGCAAAUUCUCGCUUCUCAACUCUCAUCAACUCUCAUGCAACUCUUGUUCUCGUUUGACCCGAGCAUGAGAGUUGAGAAAACUCUCAUGCAAAUUCUCGACUCUCAUCCUCGUUUAUAAAUAAAAACAAGGUGUCAGGAACAAAUAUCGUCAGUUGAUAUGCGGUAAUAUUCCGAAUUAUUCUUCAAUUGAGGUUCACCAAUGAUAAUAAUGUAAUAAUAUAAUAACGUCAAAGCAUUUCCUUUGAACACUGAUUUAAACACUGAUUUAAACAAUUUAGCGAAGCCAUUUGAAAGGUCGAGCGAAAUUGGACUAAUUUUUAACAUGUGUCCCGACUGUAUUUGAAAACCACAGUUUGUGACUUUUGACCUUUAGACUAAUUUCAUCAGCUGUAUUUUUAUCCGAUUGAAGGCACAGUCCCGUUACAAUGAUGAUGACUGAAUCACGACGAAAGAAGCAGUUGUCAAGGAAUCCGGCGUUGCAGAAAGCAUAGUAACGUGUGAUAAGUAGCCUCUGACCACAGAUUAAUCGUGCAUUUAUUUUCAUGUCUAAAGCAUUUUUACACUGCUAGCAAUUGGCGUGGCCUAGCCUUGCUGUAAUCUACAUUUUGAUAGUGUAAUGGACUUAGGGUGUGUUUAUAUGGAGACGAGCCAGCCCGGGUACCCAAGCUACUGUAGCUCGCUUUGCCGUGCUGAUUUCAUCUCGUGUUUACAUGACUGAGGCUUUUGAGGCGGGCUGGCUCGCCAAAACAAACCACUGGUCUCACCGCUAUAAAUAAUACAAUAUAAAUAUAAAUAUAUUUUCUCACGAACCUGAAUUCUCACAGAAUCGUUCACAGAGACCUCGAUCAAGAUUGUUAAACAGUGCAAAUGUAUCACAAUUUGCUUGGCCUUGGCCUUGGAGUAAUUCGCAGUGUAAACAUGGUUUAACAAUACGAACACGAUUCACCGUAAUACAUGUAAAUAUAUAGUGGUUGUACAUUCGUUUAUUGAUCAUUACUUAAAGCCAGUUGAAAUUGGCAAUACAGUAGUUUCAAAGCCGCAUUUCAAAAUAUGUAUGACUAAAUUCUUGGGCAGAUCAGCUGGGAAACAUUGUUUCCUAGCCAUGUUUCCCAAAGGUGGACAAACCAGGA